AAUUAUCGUCAACCUAACCACGAUAGUAUUGCGAUCGUCUCAGAUCCACUCUCCUGAGGAGCCAGGACCGACAACCACUUAAUCGAGUCUCCAUCCAUCAAGUUUUUGUUGAACGGACCGGUCCGUUGUGAUCCUUCGUCCCUCCCCCCCUCUUUCACAAAUCGAAAGAAAUGUAUCAUCUCGAGAGCAACGAAGCCCAAGCCAUUUUUCCUUACAAGCGACGUCGGUCAGGCGGCACACGGUCGCGCACGGGCUGUCGAACUUGCCGCGCACGUCGGGUCAAAUGCGACGAGACCCCUGGCCAUUGUUACAACUGCACCGCCACAGGCAGAACAUGCGAGGGCUACGACCCAUCCCCAUUACCUCGCCCAAACAACGCCCAACGGCAGCGGGUCCUAUCUCCCCAGCUGCCGUUAGCGGUUACCACCACGAUCCGCUGCAUCACCACCGCCGAUGAACGACGCUGUUUCGCAUUCUUUCAAAGACGCACAAUCCCGGAUAUCCUGGGGGCAUUUGAUUCCCCGUUAUGGCACCAUUUAGUGCUGCAAAUGGCACAGCUGGAUCCGGCGGUCUGUCACGCUACGAUGGCGCUGGCGGCUGCCCAUCAGGAGUGCCAGCUCACCGGCAUGGGGCUGCGCCCGCAGAAACAGCAGAGUCCGUGGAACUUAUUCGCUUCCGAUCAGGCGGCGCGCUCUUUUGCCCUGCUCAGGCAGCGGAACCCCCAGGACCCACUGUUGCCGCAGGUGGUACUGCUUUGCUGUAUCCUCUUUGUCAUGUUGGAUUUGGUGUGGAGGGAGUUCGACGCAGCCUUCCUGCACCUGCAGAGUGGCCUGCGCAUUCUGAAUGAGCUUCAUCGCCAGGGUAAGCCGGUGUUCCGGAACCGACAGGGAUCGCCCGUCGAUUGGCACAUCGUCACUGCUUUGCAACAUCUGGACAUACAGUCGACACAAUUCGGCUGCGAGGCGCCGUUCCUUGCGAUUCGGGAAGAGGCUCGAUUGGAUUCGACUGCAGCCCAGUGGCAAACAAUUCAGAGCGUUGCAGAAGGACGCAGGGCACUUGAUCCCCUCACGACACUGACGCAUGAUUACAUGAGGCGGGCCUGGCCGUCUGAUAAAGAGCACGAUCCCGUUCUCUAUGCCUUGUUGUAUCACGAGCAGUUGACACUCCUCGCGCUGGUGGAUCAAGCUCAGCGGGCCAUGCGGGACUUUCGUCUCCGACAUUACGCCUCUCUUGGGCUCAGGGACCAGGUGGGGGCCGACAUACUAAAGGUCAAUAUCCAUUGGCUCUGUUUGGGUCUGCGUACGACCUUCCCGCUCCCUGAAUCUGCAUACACGGAAAGCAUUGCUUCUGAAUGCCGACAAAUCCUCACAACAUCCGAAGUGAUUAUCGCAAAACUUGGCCCCCAACGCCCGGCAAUCAUGUUCGACAACGGGAUUAUCUCGCCCUUAUUCUUGGUGGCCGUCUUAUCGCCAGACUUCCGCGACCGUUGGCGAGCCAUCAUGGCUCUUCAUACCUGGCCGCACUGCGAGGGGCCGUAUAGCUCGGCGUUUCACGCCCAUCUAGCCGAAAAGAUGCUGGAGGGCGAUCUGCGAGCUCGAAUUCGGGCCGAGCUGACCACCACUUUGAACGAAUUGCCGGACCAGCAGCUCUUCGAGGACCAGCUGAGCGAACGAUUAACGAGGAUCACGGGCCGUUCGACUUUCAAGAAUGAUGAGGAGCUAGAGCGGUAUCUGCAUGAUCUUACUCAGCCAAUGGCCCGGUGGCCGUGCGCUCUUCUCUUGGUCCGGGCUGGAGUACUUCCCGACAGACCAGUGGUGCCAUGAAAGUGAUAGUGGUCGACCCCAUACGGCUCCUUGGGUCGAAUAACACCAGGUUCCGAUUACUUAAUCAGCAAUGAAACGAGCGGUCUUGCUCGGCAUCACGUCGGGAUCCGCAAUCUCGAGGUUUUAGCCCAGGGUUCGGGAAAUGGUAUGCCGUUGUGACAGCCCGUGCAUCAACACCAACAGGUAAAGAAUUACACACACGAGUCAAUACAGUCCCCUUUCACCAUCCUGUGAGCCGGGUAGCAGCCAA